ACUGAAGCCAACUUCUACUAAAACUUAACCAAAACCAAACCCACAAAACCCUACGAUCACCGGAAAUGUGCGAUAACUUGAAGAACAACUAUCACCUCUGCGAGGAGGUUGGCCGAGGCCGAUUUGGCACCAUCUCCCGCUGCUUCUCACCCAUCAAGAACGACUUCUUCGCCUGUAAAACCAUCGACAAGAACCUCCUCACCGAUCCCACUGACCGCGAGUGUCUCCAGAACGAGGCCAAGAUCAUGACAAUCUUGUCUCCGCAUCCAAACAUUGUUCAGAUCCACGACGUCUAUGAUACCGAUGAAUCCCUCACCAUGGUCAUGGAGCUCUGCGAGCACUACACUCUCUAUGAUCGGAUUAUCAAGAGUAAUGGCGGAUUCUGCGAGGGCAAAUCAGCUUCCAUUAUGAAACAGUUGUUAAAUGCGAUUGCCCAUUGUCAUAGAUUCAAUAUCGUUCAUAGGGAUAUUAAGCCGGAUAACAUAUUGUUCGACUCGCGAAACAGGGUGAAAUUGGCUGAUUUUGGAUCGGCUGAUUGGCUGGGGGAGGAAAGAACAAUGAGUGGUGUGGUGGGAACGCCGUAUUAUGUGGCGCCGGAGGUGGUGAUGGGAAGGGAGUAUAAUGAGAAAGCUGAUGUGUGGAGCGCUGGUGUCGUUUUAUAUGUGAUGUUAGCUGGGAUCCCGCCGUUUUACGGCGAGACUGUGGAGGAGACCUUCGAAGCGGUUAUUAGAGGGAAUCUGAGAUUUCCGCCGAGGAUAUUUAGGACGGUUUCGCCUGCGGCGAAGGAUCUAUUGAGAAAGAUGAUUUGCAGAGAUGUUUCUCGGCGAUUCUCAGCUGAACAAGCGCUAAGGCACCCAUGGUUUGUAAGCGGAGGAGAUACAAUUUCAAUGGACUGAACCGCCCUCAGGAAAACUAAGAAAAUACAGCUGAAAGCAAUAAUAGCUUAUCACUGUGUAGUCGUAAUUGUACUUAUCAGCCCCAUAGGAUCCAAGUGUCCUCUGUACAACUCGAAGCCCAAUGAAGGGUACCUUCCAGAAUUCCAGUUUUUCAAAGCCAGAGAAGGAGAAAUCGACAAGUGCUUCACGUGAUAAGCUCAUCUACCGAGAAACUGAGCACUGACUUCUUGUCUCAGGCUUUUGUUUAUGAGAAUCUGGGAGUGUGUAAAUAUAUAAUGAAAAGACACAGAAGCCUAUCUUUCAUUUUUUUCCCUGCUUUUGCCCUGUUUUUUUUUUUUUUGGAGGAAGUGAGAAAGCAAAGAAGUAUGUCCGAAUAAAUUGCUUUUGCCUGUGUAUUUUCAGGUUUUGUUCUUUAAUAAUCUGAAUGUUUCUCUUUUGAUUGUGACUUGAAA